AUGUCCUCCGCAAAUAACCUCGCCUUCACGGCUCUCAUCAACACACCUGGCGAAGCCCCGCUCUCGCGAGACCAAGUCUGGGCCGGUCUACUCUUGAAGAUCCGCUCUGCCGAAACAUUUGUUCCUGGCGCUAUCUCGAAGACAAACGUUAUCAGUGAAUCGAUCAAUCCAGAAGGAAAUGCCGUGACAGUACGAGAAGUCGUGUUCCGCGAAUCAAACCAGCCCAAACAGGAGACCGUCACGGUCUACGAACCCACCCGUGUGGAGUUCACGCAAUCGGGUGGAAAUAUCAGCAACGUUAUCAGUGAAGGUGGUAAUGGAGAGCUGUAUCUUACAUAUAUCUUUGAAUGGAAGCAUCCUGGAGCUUCGAAGGAGGAGUUGGCCGCCUUUAUGGUGAAGGAAAAGGGGAUGGCUCAAUCAGCUGUUGAAGGGACGAUUAGGUCAAUUCGCCAGCUUGUCUCGGAGAAUAAGCUGUGA